UGUUUCUUCCUUUGUAAUGGAGCAGCUAUUUUGCCAUUAAAAAAAAGUUUUUAUUCUUAAUGUUUUAUUUAAUUUCGGAUUAAGCAUGACGCGGACGGAUCCCUCCCGGGUCUGCGGAGCGAGUAUAUAAAGGGAGCUGACAUCAGCAAACACACAGAGAGCUGAAGAGUCCCUGCAGCCUCUUCUGUGAUUCUGUCCGCGUUUCGGCUGCGCAAAGAGGAAUAAAAAAUAAAUAAAAGCGCCAGUAGCGAUGGAAAUGGGAAGCGUUGCCACUGGCGCCCCGACCAGCUCCGUCUCUGUGCGGCACCAGCGCAAAUGUGCCGAAACAGAAAUGCGCCUGCAGGAGAACAGUGACGGACAGCGCUCUGGCCUCUCCGGUGUCUGGUUGGCUUACAAACACGCCUCGCAGCAGCUGAGGUCGUCCGGAAUCAAAGCGGGCUUAGGGCUACUGAAAGUGGCCACGUCUCAGUGGAAGCAGGAGAAGAAGACGGACGGCGCCGAGAACAGCCAUCCCGCCAAGAGAUCCUCGUUGGAUCAGCUGACGGCGUUGAUCUUUCAUGGCCCGAGCCGUCGCGGCGGUCUGGAGCACAGACCGGACCCGCCUCACCUCACCAAGCCGCAGAACUGUAAACGCAUCGUGAUUCUCGGUGCGCCACGGGUUGGUAAGACCGCCAUCCUCAGGAGAUACCUCCGGGACGGGUUUGUGGAGGAGUACAGUCCGACCUCUGAGGAUUUCCUCAGGAAGUUAUUUUGCAUCCGCGGGGAGACCUACCAAAUAGACAUCCUGGACGCGUCCAGGGAGAGGGAUUUCCCGGCCAAGCGGCGACUCUCCAUUCUCACUGGAGACAUUUUCCUACUCGUCUUCAGCCUCGACGACAGGAGCUCUUUCGAGGAGGUGUGCAGCCUGCGAGAGGAGAUUCUGGCCGCUAAAUCCAAACUCACCAAGUCCUCGGCGCCGGGGCAUUGCGCAAAGCCGCGGGUCCCGCUGGUGGUCUGCGCCAACAAAGCGGACCUGGACUCCCAGAGAGGGAUCUCGCGCGCAGAAGUGCUCAGAGCACUCGGGGCUGACUGCACGUAUUUCGAAACAUCUGCGAAGGACAGCACCAACCUCGACAAAGUCUUCGAGACUCUGGCGAAGCGGGGCGGCCUGCCGACGGAGACGGGUCCGUUUCAGCACCGCAAAGUGUCCCUCCGGUCGUACCAGGCCAUGCGGGCGGAGCGGGCGGAGCGGGCGGCGUGGAAGGGGGGAAGGGUGGAGAGGCGAGAUGAUCCCUGUGGCACCCUGUACCCGCUGGCCCGUCGGCCGAGCUUCACCACUGAUCUCCGGCAGAUCAUUGGGCCACGUAAGGGAACGAAACCGGGCCAAGGACUGGAGAAAUGUCAAAUUCAGUAACGGACUGAGAGCGACGACAGCAACGCAUGAGCACUUUUAUCCUCGACGAAAUGUCAAUAAAUGA